ACGCUGACUAUGUAAGAGAGAGGUGUAACGCACCAAGCUCUCGAUUCCGUGACACUAAUUGUGAAUUUAUGUAACUACAAGUUCCAAAUAACAAUGGACUUAAGAAUGUGUGUCGUUUUGUUAGUUUUGUGUUAAGGAGAUGGCCGAAGGAGUGCUGAGGCAGUGAUAUAUAACUGAUGGAGGAAGAGGGGUGGAGUGAAAAUGAAUUAAUGAAAGUGAGUGCAGCGUCGGCACUACAGCUGUGAGGGAAGCUGCACCACCUGCACGCACAUGUGAAGGUGGAAGGUGUGAGAGUGAGUGUGUGAGUGGGCGUAACUCUCACCCAGCCACCACACACCACCACCACCACUACGGUCUACAAGAUGGGUGAGAGUGUUGUGCUUUACCAGCGCUGCUUGGCGAUCAAACUCUCCAGAGACCUUCCGCCGCCUGCCCUACCAUCCGCCCAGCCGGAGGCCCGGACUGACGUGGGAGCGAGACCUUGGUCUCGGGACCAGGGCCAGAAAAGCCUGAUCUCGCCGACGUCGCCCCCCACUGGCAGCGACACGCCCACGCCCACAAAUGGCCCGUCCAUGGCCUCCCUAACCACUAGUGGACCGACGUCUGUAGCAUCAAACAUCACCCAUAUUACCAACCAUCAGGAUGGAUACCUCCUCUUUCUGGCAUGGCAAGCAGCAAACUUGGUCUGCGUAUGGGAUAAAGAGUUAGUGAUGGCAGUGGAGGAGACUGUAUAUGUGGGGCACUUGGUUGGGGGCAUCCUGCUGGUGGGUGGUCGUCCCUGUGUUCUGGCUACCCUAACACAUGCCUGGUCUAGAGCUCUCCUUGCUGCCCCAACAGGCUUCAAUAUCACAAUGUUUGGUGAGCUCUCAGGAUGUAGUGUAGUGAAAGUGCCACAAGGGCAGUUUACGCCUCUGGGUGAUGCGUUAUGCUGGGUGAUUCAUAAACUCACAAGAGAUGGUGGACAUGCUGAAGCAGAAACUGUUCGAACCACACUUGCUGCUACCUUUCCAAGCCUUGUUGCUCCAGAUUUGGCACACAUCCAUGCCACUCUGUCCAAUCUUAUUCGACAGUGUAAAGUCUUUUAUACUGGACAUAGCUACGGCAUUGUCCAACCCAACACUUAUCAGCCAAUGGCAGUGCCUGACAAAUCCCCUAGCAUUUCUUUCACUUUAUCGCCCACUGGCUCAUCUAGCCAUCCAUUACUGGCAGGCAUUGACAAGACUCACCUAUGUGGUGCAGAGUCUAUGUGCAAGGGCAAUGUUUGUCAUGCCGCCGCUCAGACGGACCUUGUAGAACUCAUCACAGGAUCAUCCCAACCUUCAGAUAAAAUUAUUACACCAAGCCCUACUCCACCAGGAUCAUGGAGUGGAGGGUCAUCAACCUUGGAACGUCAGGCAUCACUUCGGAUGUUGUCAAGCCACCGCACUCACACCCGCACUGCUUCCCUUAGACUUUCUCCUAACAAAGUUGCUUUACUUUCAACUGCUUUUGGCAAUGUUCCUCCUAGCAUUUUGUACUCCAGUAACACCUACAAGGCACAAGAUAUGUCAGACAUCACUGUACGAGCAGGAGAACGAGGAUCAGUACUGAGCAAGUUACUGAGAGUGUCACCUCGAAGGCGUUUGGGGUCAUUCUCCGCACAAUUUCCUCCUCCAGAGUGGAGCAGUAACUCUGCUCCAGCCGUCCAUCUUCACUGUGUUGCCAUACAGACAUUAUCUCAACACAAGCAGCAGGAAGAAAAGGAGUUUUGGUGGUCUGCUACAUCACAGUGGACGCCACGUUCUGCGACUCUUCCACGACGACUACGACGACCCCAAUCUUCCACUCCUCCACUUUCACAGAGAUCAGAUUCAUCCAGUGCAGCACCACAGCACAUGUCUCUCAUUCACAUUCAAGAUUCUCAUUUUCUUUCUCAUAUGCAACUUCAAAUGUCACCAUCUCAUUGUUCUCGUACGCCUGCCAAGGAAAAAGAAGAAAGGCUCAUGGUUGAGGCUUCACCCAUAAACCAUUGUGGGGAGCCUCUUUUAAUAAUGAGGAGUCACAAGAAUCGAUCACCAGCGCACCAACAUUAUGACAAUCGUGAACAUCGAUCACCAGGUCAUUCAAACACCGGGAAUCACAAACACCGAUCACCAGUUCAUUCAAAUACUGAAAAUCACAAACAUCGAUUACCAACUUGCCAUAAUAUUGAAAAUCAUAGACAUAGACCGCCAGUUCAUAAAAAUUCUGAAAUAAAAGUAAAUGGCAGUUGCUCUUCUCAUGAGUUGUCACCUAAGAGACGUAGUCUCAAUAACCAGGAAUCUACAAAGAAGGAAAUUCAAGAACAUCAUCUUUACAACUCAAUAAUAGAAUCUCAAACAAAUAUAACCAGAGUGCCGGCACAGGCAGCCAGGAAAAAACAGACUCCGCUAAAACAAAAACAAUCUAAAGAGGAACUACAAGAAACAUUAGAAUUUACAUGUGCUAACGUGUCUGCAGAUGUUAACACAAAGAAGUCGGGAGAGACCCUUAGCAAGAGCUCUGGAGAGAGAGAGGAGAGAACAGUGCAAGAUGAUCGGGCACAAAAAUAUGAGAACCAAGUGAGCCAACAACACAAGCACAGGUCACACCACAGUAUAAAAGACAAGAAUCACAAGCAGCAGGAAAGUAAUCUAAAGAACCGAAGUACAGAGAGGCAGCAGAGAAGAGAGAAAGACAGACAAGACAACAAAGACACAAUAGCAAGUGAUGCAAAUAAAAAAUGCCAGACAAAUCAUUUAAAAUCAAAUACAAAUAUUUCUUGUGAGAAUAAAGAAGAGAAGAAUAAAAAAAUUAUUGAAUUAAAAAGAAAUGAGAAAGAGCAGCAAGUUAGAACCUCACAAUCCAGUAAAAAGCUUGAAUGUAAGGAAGAGAAAUGGAAUGAAAACUGUCAACUGCAAAAACUAAAGAGAGGGCUGCCCGGGAAGAGUGAUGACAUCUCUCUACAGUAUGACCGCUCCUCUCUGCAACUGGACCUAGCCACCAACAUGAAUAAUUCCCGAAAAGUUGUGUCAUCCCCACAGCGUCCAGAAGGGCUUAAAAAUAAUAUGUUACACAAUGACAGUGGGCUGACUGAUAUUAGCAAAGGUCCAUGUCAAGAUCUCACCUCUCGGAAUUUAGGUUAUCAAGAAGUGGACAAAUGCCACAAACAAAUGUGCAGCCAGACCCUUGAUCAGGUGCAGCAGCAGACAGUGACCCACACACAGCACCAACAGGUUACCUCUUAUUCCAAACAGCAGUGUCUUUGCUCGCCCAAGAAGAAAGUAUCUCCUGGGGCUGAUGCUCAAAAUGAGGCUAACAUUGUAGUUUCAGACAAUAAGCAAAAAAUGUCUAAGGAUGAAAAUGAUAGAAGUCCAGGUUGCGUUGUGAGAGAUGAAAACAAAGUUGGUGGCAGUCCAGACACAGAAGGUAUGUCAUUAAGUACGUAUCCGAGCCUUUCAGAACUCAAUCUUAAUUUUAGCUCUUUAGCUGCUCAGAAGAUUUUGUGCGGCACAAGUAUUAACAGUAUCGAUACGUUGGUGGAGGUCAAUUUGGCAGCAGAGAAGCACAACAUAAAUAAUAAACCUGACUCUGUCACCAAUACUGACUUCGGUUUUCUAUAAAGAAAAAGUGAACAAUUAAAACUCUCCAUUGAAUAUAACGAAAUGCAUUUCUGGCAGAGCUACAGUGGGAGUCACCGGGGCUCCCACAUAAAGAACGAUAUCAUUGACAAUAUCAAUGAACUGAAGAUAUCUCGCUCAAAGUGCUCCAAACUACAGGGUCACAUCAUAAGCAGGAAUUCCGUUUGAAAGUCUGUGAAGCUUUACAGACAACUGCAAGGUUCAUGGAAAAUGAAACCUUGAAACAGCCAAACAACUCUGCAAACAAUUAAAACAAAACAAUUGGAUCACUCAAAACUAGUUUGAACCCAUUAGUACCAAUAGUCACAGCUGGCUCCUCCGGAGCAGUUCUGGAACUAAUAAAAGUCCCACCAAUGAACUGACGAACCUUGGAGGGGAGGGGAUAAAUCAUAGAGCCACUGGGGCUCUACCAGAAAGAGGCACUUCAUUACAUUAAAUGUUGGGUUUCUGGUAGAGCCCCAUGUGGCUCUGUGAAGCUAAAUAACCACACAGAAAGAAGCCAGGGACUUCCUAAGAAGUAGGAGAGAUGGCAGGUACUAAGACGAGGAAGAGGCCUCAGGCUAGAAAACUCAUCUCGGAGCAACACAAGACCAACUAGGACUAGGAACAUUAAACAAAUUCUGGGCUGCUAGAACUCUGUUAGACCACCAAAACCCCUGAGCUCAAAUACAAGCCCAGGACAUAUUGGAAAAAACCACUGCCAAUGUAGCAUAUUUGUGAACAUCAUAAAUCUGGCCUGAUUUAAUGUAGCCAAUCCUCGUGUUUAGAUAGUACUUACAGUAACAAUGUGGGCCAUUGAACAUAUAGUGAUGUAAUGGACAAUUAAAAACUAGAAUUUCCUACUAUUGAAUUUGGAUAAACUAGAAAAUGUUUCAUAUUUAUCUUGCUAAUAAAACCUAGCCUAACCAUCCUAGGCUUAAUAUACGACAUACAGUAUAUGUGCUAUACUAGGCCUAGGAAUUUUUAAGUUUGCUUUUUAGCUCUAUAUUUCCCAGACUCCAUAAAGUGAAUAGUAUCAAAUUCCACUAUUUAAUUGCUCAUUACAUCAAUAUACAGUAUGUACAAUGGCCCACAUAGUUACAAAAAUUACUAUCUAAACAAGAGGAUGGGUUGAUUUAAUAACACCACAGAUGACUUUAGGAAUGAGAAUGUGGAACAUAGGCCCAAGGAAAAGUGGUAAACCAACAAUGCAUCAACCAAGGCAGAACUAGUGGCCUGCAGAUAGCAACGAAGAGCUGCCACCAGACAAUAAAUGAUGCACCCCUGGCUGGACCAACCAAGCAUCAAUCACCAAUGGUCCUCUUUGAAAGCUAGCUGAUGCAUUCUUUGCCCAGAAAAGAGGGAGAAGGCUGCAGAUGAAGAAAACAUCUGCCAGGGACAAAAAAGCAAUACCCUGCAAACACAUAACGUAAUUGUCCCCAUUUUCUGCUUGUUACAGCUUGUAAUAGUUGUUAUGUCUUGUUAUAAUGUUUUUAUGACGUAUUAGAACAGUUACAACUUGGUA